UUAGCUUUGACAUUAGUACACUGAGAUCAGUGUUAAAGAAUCCAAUGUUUAAGACUGAAAAUGAGCUUAAAAAUGAGAUAAGAAAAUUUUGUGAAUCACCGUCAUCAAAGAGAGUUAUGAUCAAGAUUCACAAUCUUGCAAAAUUAAAAGGUGAAGGACUGGGCUAUCACUUUGACCACUGUGACAUCCUGUGUUUUCAAACUUCACCAGAUAACAUAAAGUCACUGCGGGAAUUCUGCAGAGUUCUUUACCUCAAGCAUGACGUAAAGAUAAUUCUACGAGGAAUUGAAGUGAAAUCAAUUCUUGAUGCUGACUAUUUUCAUUUUUCCAAAACCUACAACUGCAAUCUAGGAGAGGAAACGCCUCUAGACAUCACAUUUGGUUUUCCCAAAGAUAACAUAAAGACCAAGGCUUGUGGAUUGAUUAUUUACCAUAAAAAUAGACUAGUCAAAAUAAAAAGGGUUACAAAUGCUGAAAGGCUUAUAGGAGUGGUGAAUAUUGACUGUUUAACACCUACUGCAUUUAAACAAGAUUUUAUCAAAGAUGACAAAUACAGGCACACAAUGAAGUUGUUGAGACGAAAAAAGAAACACUUCAUAAAACAGGGAGCAAAACUGGGACUUGUUUAAACAGUAGUUGGAAUGUGAUGUUUCCUUAAUACAUGUCGCUUCAUGUGAAGAAUCUGAUUUGAUUACAAAGACAGCAGUGAAAGGCAACCAACUUGCAGCUAACAAUAUAGAACGAGCAACAAUCAUAAUUCAUUAACAUAUAUGAAUGAUUGACUUUUUUUGCAGUUUUAGAAAGGAGUUUGUUGAAAUAAAUUUCUAUAAAAAUAUAGUUGUUGCCAUGUGAAAGGAGGAUUUUGAAAAUAUUG